AUGCCGCCGUCACUAUAUGCAAACUUGCUGGACCCAGCGGCCGCUCCAGCCGCUGCCACAAUCUCUGGCGCGCCCGUCAAAUACUCGUUCAAGAAAGAAGACGAAGCUCCAGCUCCAGUGGAAAAGAAAACACCCGAUGCCUCUCUCCGUUUCCAGCCUGCCAUCAAGCGCCCUCAGCCUGUUCAAAAACAGAAUAAAAGGCCGAACUCGAAUCCCACAACAGCCACCAAGCCUCCUGCCAUACCUCAAGCUCCUCAAGCAUCCGGCCCCAUCGUCCAGAAAUGGAACGAGUCUCAACAACAAGACUUUGAUGUCGUCAACGAGUACCACAAGUUUCAGGAAGAGCAGAAGGCCCGUCUAAAGGAGGAACGCAAGAGCAAGAAUAAAAAGAGGGCCUCGUUGCACAUUGAAGACAUCGACUGGUCUGCCCCCUACAACGUCCAGGACGCCUUUACCAAGACUCGCACCAAACUACGACUAGAUGCUUGGAAGCACUCCGACUCAAAGUUCAAUGCUCGCUAUCAGUGGAAGGAGAUGCUGCAUUCCUUCAGACGUCCCGGAACCCCUCCACCAACAAGAGACGAACCUAGACUUGCAACCGAUGUCUCGUACAAGAAUAUGCCGCCGCCGCAAGAACUUACUGAACCUGCCAAUCCUCAAGCCACGUCCCAGCCUGCAUUCUCUCCGCCGCCGCCGCCGCCGCCGCCUCCCGCUGCUGCUCCCGUUGCCUAUCCUCCUCCACCUUCAUUCGACCAAUAUCCACCACCUCCACCUCCUCCACAAUUUCCAGGAGCUCCUGCUUUGCCUGGUCUGCAAUACUAUCCACCCCCUCCACCCCACUUUGUUCCGCCUCCACCACCUGCACAGACAUAUCAAGCUGCGCCUGCGCCUGUCGCAGCUCAGCCUGCUCCAUCACAACCAUCAGGAACCAUUUCACGCGAGCCUGUGCGCUACGAACAAGCUGCUCAAACACUACAAGACACGGCUGUAGACCUUGACAAUGCAGAGCCAUCCCAAGAACCCGAGCCCGAGGUACGGACUUCUGCUCCAGGACAAAAAGGUUUCGCGCAACGCUACAUGGAGAAAAUGGGUUGGAAAAAGGGCGAAGGUCUCGGCAAAGAAUCAACUGGUAUCACGACAAUCUUGCGUCACGAAGCCACGAAACGAAAACGCAAGGCCGACUCAGAGGGCGGUGGUUGGGCACAACCCGCUGCCAUGGGUCGUAUUGUGGGAGGCAAAAAGACAAAGACCGAUGCACCUGUCGACGAGAGCAAAGCCUUCAGUCUGGUUGCCAGAUUCGAAGGUAUGCUCAAAGACAUGGAUAUCGACAAGGCCAUCGAAGAGGACAAUCUCAUGCAAAGGAUUGGCGAGAAAUUGGAGCAAUACGGUCGCUCUGAGCGUGUAUUUAUCGACCGCGCUACUGGAAGAGUGUUUGUCAAGUUCACUAGCGCGUUGAGUGCUUUCAACGCUAUCAAGGCAAGUGACGGCACAGACUUUUUGGACAAUGGACGCAUCGUUCAAAGCACUUUCUUCAAUGCCGACAAGUUCGAAGAGGGUGUCUACGAAUAA